AUGGCAUCAGCCACGCCACCACAGGAAGUGGGUUGGGCUCUUCGUAAUGCUGUGUGCCGCGUGCUGCGGGUUGUAGACGUGUUCGGCAGCAGACAGCCAGGUGAGGAUACAGUUUCCAGCAUUUGUGCAGAUCAUGGCAUCAGCCACGGUGAGUGGCUUUCGCUUGUGCGCGUUGGGAUGUGGCUCAGCCUGAGGAGCGCGCUGCGGGUUGUAGACGUGUUCGGCAGCAGACAGCCAGAGCUGGCCUAUCUAAGUGACGUAUUGGGUAUUGCUGUUGUAUUCUACCGACUUGCCCGAGCAUAA